CCUAACUUCGCAAUUGGCGCAAAUGUCUUCAACGAAACCCAGUUUGAAGCGCAAAGCUUCUAUAGUUGAAGUUGAUCAAAAAGAUCAGGCAUUUUCUGACGAUGAGUUUGGAGAUGGCCUUCUUGAGGGUGUGCUAGACGACGAGUCAGACGAUGAAGAAUCCGAAGUAGAACAUGACGAUGACGAUGACGACGUUAAUGAAGAUACUUUCGAUCCUGAAAACGACGAGUUAGACAGCGACGAUAUACCAACCGAUGAUGAAGGCCUAGAAAGAAAGAAAUUGGAGAAUGGACCUGAGUCGGAUCAAGAGGAUGUUGGUCCUCAUUAUAGAGUUGAAACAGACGCCAACGGGGGGACGAGAUAUGUUUACGAUGAUGUCGACCCCGUCUACGACUCAGAUGACUCGGAUGCUCAAGAACCCGCAAACACGAUUGGCAACAUACCUCUUUCAUUCUAUGAUUCGUAUCCUCACAUAGGGUACGAUAUCAAUGGGAAGAAGAUCAUGCGCCCAGCCACUGGCGAGGCUUUGGAUGCUUUAUUAGACAGUAUAGAGGUCCCUAAAGGAUGGACUGGUCUUACCGAUCCUGCCACCGGAAAGCCCUUGAAUUUAAGCCAGGAUGAGCUAGAAUUGUUGCGACGAGUUCAAAUGAACGAAAUUCCAGAGGAGGGAUAUGACCCAUAUCCUGAUACUGUAGAAUGGUUUACAAGUUUUGAAGAGACAAUGCCAUUGAGUGCCGCACCGGAGCCGAAACGACGCUUCUUGCCCUCGAAGCAUGAAGCUAAACGAAUUAUGAAGCUAGUUAAGGCAAUCCGGGAAGGUCGCAUUUUACCAUACAAGCCUCCAGAGGAGAAACAGAGAGAGGAGGAGGAACAAGAAGAAAUCCAUUACGACCUAUGGGCCGACGAGACACCUCGACCACCUAACGUAAUGCACAUUCCAGCACCCAAACUCGCUCCUCCUGGCUAUGACCUCAGCUACAACCCACCUCCAGAGUAUCUCCCCACAGAGGAUGAAAAGAAGGCUUGGGAAGAGACGGAGCCGGAGGAACGAGAAAAGGAGUAUCUGUCCCAAAAGUACGACUCAUUACGGAGAACUCCAGCAUAUGACCAGUUUGUCAAGGAACGCUUUGAGAGGUGCCUUGAUCUCUACCUUGCACCCCGAAUACGGAAGAACAGAUUGAAUAUUGACCCAGCUUCAUUGCUCCCUAAACUGCCACGACCCGAGGAAUUACGACCAUUCCCAACAGUUGCGUCGAUAGAAUAUACCGGUCACGAGGGCAGAGUACGGUCGGUUGCUGUCGAUCCAUCAGGACAGUGGCUAGCCAGCGGCGGCGACGAUGGUACCGUCAGAGUCUGGGGUCUUACAGAUGGCAAACAGCAAUGGCAAGUCAAAUUAAGUAGCGAAGACCCGGUAGACGUCGUGCGAUGGAGGCCAGGUCAGGAGGCAUCAAUUCUUUCAGCAGCUGUGGGCGAAGAUAUUUUCUUUAUGAUCCCUUCGUUCGGAAAUCCGGAACUAGAACAAGCUAGUCGCGAUAUAUUGGAUGCAGGAUUCGGGUACGCAACCAACGGCAAACAGCUUACGACAACUAACGGAGCGGCGCGAAAAGACCCACCUGCGAAAUGGGCUCGACCUGGAGCACGACUGGAAGACGAAGGGGUGCUGUUAAAAGCAACAGUUCGAUCGCCAGUGAAAACUAUCAACUGGCACCGAAGAGGAGAUUUUCUAUGCACCGUAUCUCCGAGCGGACAGAGGAGUUCUGUGGCUAUCCACACGCUUUCUAAGCAUCUGACUCAGAUUCCCUUCCGGAAGCUACCCGGGUUGGCACAGGCGGCAUCAUUCCAUCCUUCACGUCCCCUGUUCUUCGUAGCCACCCAACGAUCGAUACGCUGUUACGACCUUCAAAAGCAGGAGCUGAUCAAAUCAAUCCAGCCCGGAGCUCGCUGGAUUUCUUCAUUUGAUGUACAUCCUGGCGGUGAUAACUUGGUUGUUGGGUCGUAUGAUCGUCGUUUGCUCUGGCAUGACCUUGAGAUGUCAAACCGGCCUUAUAAGACCAUGCGAUUCCAUCCUCAAGCCAUCAGGGCUGUAAGAUUUCACCGGUCUUAUCCAUUGUUCGCAGACUGUAGUGAUGAUGGAACUUUACAAAUAUUCCACAGCAAAGUUGUGAGCGACCUGAUGGAAGGACCGACCAUCGUUCCCGUCAAGAUGCUCAAGGGGCAUAAGGUUGUUAAUAAGCUUGGCGUGACGGACGUCGACUGGCAUCCCCAGCAUCCCUGGUGUGUAAGUGCUGGCGCUGACGGGACUUGUAGGCUAUGGACAUAAGCCCGGUUUUGUAGGAAAUAAUGUGUAGGUGUGUACCCAAUGACAUCCUGGCUAGGACGUUACAAAGAGUCAUAUAGCGACGGCGUUUUGUUAGAGAAAUAUACCUCUUAUCACCCAAGAUCCUUGCGCGUUCUUCCAAGGGUCUUAGGGUGGGUUUUACAUACAAUCACCGCCUCGUCACAUCCAAUCGAGAUACAGCUUGUUGGUCUUUCGACCCACCAUUUUCAUCCGUUUGACAACGGCACCCAAUCAACUAGUACAUUUCUG